CCGAAAGUUACUUUCUGAUUCCUUCUCCCAUUUCUGUCUAUCGAGAGUGAGUAAAUCCAAAAUUCCGAAUUCCGGAAAUCAGAACAAAAAUGGAGUCUUUUGAAUCCAACUGGAUCAACGAAGAUCACCAAAUCAACAACACUCACGCCGCCAAUAACACAGAUCACGGCUGGCAAAAGGUCACCUACACCAAGCGCAACCGGAAGCAGAAGCCAGCGGACUCUGCCUCCGCUGCGAAUGCUGGUAAAGUCAAUGGAACCGCCAUCCCCAACGAAAAGUCUAACGUCUUCCGCUCCUUGGAGCAGCAAUCUGAAGAGCGCCGCCGCCGAAUCAUCGAGUCUCAGAGAGCUGCAAUUGCCGCUGUUGAGGCUCCGGUGAGAUCAAAGCACCGAUCUGACGAUGAGGACGAAGAUGAGGAUGAUAGUGACGAUGCUGCAGUUACCAAAGGAAAUGAGAAGAUGGAAGAGAAGAAGGUGAAGCAGAAGAAGCCAAAGAAACCGAAGGUGACUGUGGCAGAAGCUGCCGCGAAGAUUGACUCGGCUGAUCUCGCUGCUUUUCUUGCUGAUAUAUCGGCAUCGUAUGAGGGUCAGCAGGAGAUACAGCUAAUGAGGUUUGCGGAUUAUUUUGGAAGAGCGUUUUCUUCCGUGAGUUCAGCUCAGUUUCCAUGGGUGAAGUUUCUCAGGGAGAAUACGGUGGCGAAAAUGACCGAUAUUCCUCUCUCUCACAUUUCUGAUGCUGUUUAUAAAACAUCAGUAGACUUUAUUAACCAGCGCUCCAUUGAGGCACUUGGUUCCUUUGUGUUGUGGUCUUUGGAUAGCAUCCUUGCAGAUUUGGCAAGCCAGCAAGUUGGAUCAAAGUCUGCUAAAAAGGGUGUGCAACAUGUAUCGUCAAAAUCCCAGGUUGCUAUCUUUGUGGUUCUAGCAAUGGUGUUGCGAAGAAAGCCUGAUGCUUUAGUUAAUGUAUUGCCAAUGUUGAGGGAAAGUUCAAAGUAUCAAGGACAAGACAAACUUCCUGUUGUUGCAUGGAUGAUAGCCCAGGUCUCUCAAGGAGAUUUGGCUGUAGGGUUGUACUCAUGGGCACAUAACCUCUUGCCUAUAGUGAGCGGCAAAAGUUCUAAUCCACAGUCCAGGGAUAUAAUUUUGCAGCUAGUAGAAAAGAGAAUUGAGUAUUUUGUUUGCAGAAUUUUGUCUUCCCCAAAGGCUUGUACAAUUUUAGUGAGUGGUGCUGUUCGAAAGGGGGAGCGCUUGGUGCCACCUUUUGCAUAUGAGAUACUAUUGCGAGUAACAUUCCCUGCAUCAUCAGCUAGAGUAAAGGCUACUGAGAGGUUUGAGGCAGUAUAUCCUAUCUUAAGAGAGGUGGCUUUGGCUGGCUCCACUGGAAGCAAAGCAAUGAAACAAGUAUCAUUGCAGAUACUAAGUUUCGCUAUUAAAGCAGCUGGAGAAAGCAAUCCCGAGUUAUCCAAGGAAGCAGCUGGCAUUUGUAUCUGGUGUUUGACCCAGAAUGCUGAAUGCUACAAGCAUUGGGAUAAGGUUUACGAGGAGAAUCCAGAAGCUAGCAUUGCCAUUCUUAAAAAACUUUCUGAGGAGUGGAAAGAGGUCUCUGUGAAACUGGCUCCUCUUGACCCUCUGAGGGAAACUCUGAAAAAUUUUAGGCAGAAGAAUGAGAAAGCUUUGGCAAAGGGAGAAGAUUCUGCUCACCAAGCAUUCUUCAGGGAUGCUGACAAGUACUGCAAGUUGAUAUUGGGAAAGUUAUCCCGUAGCCAUUGUUGCACAAAAAGUAUGGCCUUUGCUGUCAUUGCACUGGCUGUUGGUGCUGUCUUCCUUUCGCCAAAUAUGGAGUUCUUGGAUUGGGAGAAACUGGUUGUAGUUGUCAACUCCCAAUUCUCUCGAUUCUCUUCCUGAGUGGGAUGUCAUACUGAUAUCGACGACCAUUGGUGCAAAGCAUCAAGUUGUUUUUAGGAUACUAGUUUUCUUCAAUUUUGUACUUCUGAUUCUGAUUAAGAGAAAAAGGAAAAAUUUUCAGCAUGAUAUUUAUAGUCUCAUUUGGUGAUUCACAUACAGUAUGAGGAACAUAGGCUGUUAUAUUCUUGAAAAAAAAUAUGCAGUGCCCUGGAAAAAAUAAAGAUGAGGAAAACCAUCUGAUGGGGGUGUUGUUAUUUUAGCAAGAAUGUCAAAAAAUAGUUUGAUUUGA